UUCUUUUUGCGAAGCGGCCAACUUGUGGCAGUCGCUCAAGGUCAAAACAUGCGGCACGUGCCGAUUUAUUUCAUGUAUUUUAGUGCUGCGCAGGUGAAGCUAUCUCUUCAAAUUACUUUACUUAUAAUCACCCUUCAAAAAAUCAAGCUUCGUAGAAUGCAAAAUUAGAAAUCAAGCAUUCAUUUCUGGAAUGGAAUUACGUGAUUUAAGUCAUACAAUGAAUUAAUAAAAUAAAAAAAUCUUCGAGUGUUGUUUACGAUUUUCAAUAAUGGAAGCUGAACUAGAAGAAAAAAAGACGCAUGCGCAAUGCUUCUAUUAUGAUCCACCCAACCCAGUCGAUGGACCAAUCAACGAGCUCGCUUUUGCCGCCACUCUCAGUAGUGGAGGAUGCUGCUUUCAGAAAUCGUAAACGAAACAAAACAGUUAUGCGUGUUGUGUCACAAAUAAUCUAGUGUCUUGUUUUCAUUAUUAUUUCGGUAUGUCAAGUGUUGCCAAUGCUGCAAAAUCGUUCGAUAUGUUGUUCUCGCUUGAACUUAUGUUUUGAUAUAGUAUAUAUUUAUUUUAUUCGAAUAUUAUUUUGUUUGUGUGUUAUAUGCGGGAGCUGUCAAAAUGCAGCAGCGCCAAGCGAUCUAUGAAAACUUCGAUCCUAUUUCUAUGACCAUAUGCUGCGUGCCGACUAUAUGUCAUAUUGGGGAACCUAUAGGUUUAGAAAAAUUAUUCGAAGCUGUGAAAGUUAUAUGCAAUAAUGAAAGUUGUCGAGAGGGGCAAUAUAUGCACAAGUUGUGUUUUGAUCAAUGGGAGGACACUGUAUUGACAUUUCUUCGUUCGACCGGUCGCGCUCGAAGUUGGAGCGAAAAACAGCGUUUACAGAAUUUAUGGACCAAAAAAGGGUACGAUUUGGCUUACAAAGCUUGUGGCUGUAAAUGUGGUAAAGGUCAUUUGCGUAAAGAUUUGGACUGGUUACCUCCACCUAUACCCAUUGAUGAUCAAAAACGAAAGAAACAUCGUAAGAAAAAGAACGACAAACCAUCACUGUCAAUUACCGGUACAACUCCUAUUUUAAAACCUGGCCUGACAAUUGUUCCUCAAGUUCCUGUAAAUCGAAUCCGUAGCUCAAGCAUAUCCAGCACCAGUUCUACAUCUGGUAGCCCCCCGAAUUCUGCAUCGUCUGAUUGUCCGCUUUCGCCUAGUUGGGGUACUAAAAGCUGUUUACCUGAACGAAAAGAACGGCAUGCCAGCGGUACUAUCUUCAGCCGGCGUUUGGAUUACUCUUCAUUUAAUACCUUGCCACCUAAUAAAAUUAAUUCCUACCAUAUAAAAAUAGAGGAUGAAGGAAAUCAAGGUAAUGAUGAAAUAAGGUGCUUUAUUUUGUCAACUUUAAGUGCUAACAAAAAAUCUGGAAUAAAUUGCAUCUUCUGUUACAACCAUAUGUUAAUUUUUGAUCGCUAUCCAUUAAUUGAUGGAACUUUUUUCAUUUCUCCACGCCAAUACUGCAAUAGCUCUAUACCAGUGAAAGUUGAUUGUCAAUUACAGUAUUUAAAUGCUGUAUGCAUGGGUUGUUUAGAAGGCUGGAAUUCAGUGCUUAUUUGUAAAUACUGUCAAAAUAGAUGGGAUGGUCGGGAUUUGAUUCUAGGCACAAUGUAUUCCUAUGAUGUUAUAGCAGCUAUACCCUGCUGCCAAGAAAGGCUACGAUGCAAUAAUUGUCAGAGAAUAAUUAUGUUGCCUGAUCGUAGAUUACAGUUUUUUAGUGAUUACAGUCGUAGUAUUCCCUGUUCUAAUUGCAGUGCUGUUGAUUUUCAUUUUAUAAAACCUUUGGCAUCUUAUAAUUUGGUUAAAAAUAAUUGUUAAGCUUAGUAUUGUUUAGUUAAUGAUUAGAUAUAUUUGAUGGCAGGGUAUUAGCUGCAAAUCGAAAUAAUACAACUGUUUUUUAUUAAUGUCAUGUUUUUUGGUUUUGAAGUUUAUUGGUCACAAAGUAAUGUGACUUAGUGUCUGUUAAAACUUGUAUGUUUAUAGAAAGUUAAUUGCUUUGAUCUAAUAAUUUUUUAGUGUUGAAUACUCUAAUGCUGUUAACUUGUUUGUAAAUGUGACUUUACAUCUGUUUAUAGUUAUAUUGUUAAAUAAUUUUUUUGUUUGUUUUCAGAAGUCAUCUUUGAUAGUUAUGUGCUUAGCAUAAACAAGUUUUGCAUUAUGUUAAGCCAUAGAUAUAAAAUAUAACUUUACUUGUUUGCAUUUUUGUUAUGUUGUAAUUUUUAACUUGUUAAAAGCUGAGAAAUUAAUUAUUUUUAAAAUCAGUUUUAUCAAGUACUGCUGAUAUAAUACUGAUUUUGAUAUAGAUUUUCUAAUUUGAUACAGAUAUAUUAUGUAUAAUUACUAUUUCAAUGUUAAAGUACAUACCUUUUUGAAGCUAAAUUAUUUAAGUGCCAAAAUUGUUAGAAUACAUUUCGUUUAUUUAAAAUUUUAUUUAGUUAACAAUAG